GCAUAAUAUGGUUUUAAUUCACUUCAAGGUAUUAGCAUUAAUUAAGGUAUAAAUUUGAUCUGGUAUGCUACAGGAUCGAUUGUGUGUGAGUGAGUUUGUGUAACACUGAGCUUGUAGAUAUUCUACAGGCCACAUUUUUUGCAAUACACAUACUAAGGUACAUGUAUGUAGCGAUAAUAGAUGAGCGGAUCAUAGGAUCUAAUUUUAAUUAGAUUGCAUUUUUUGUUCAAUUGAUUUGAUACUUUUUAUGUAGCUUUUAUAGAAUUUGGGAGUCAAAGGUCAAGGUCACGACACUAUGGGACUUCAUAGAAAAAGCUUGUUAUAGUUGCUUUACAUCCAGAUUUUUUGCCCAAUUGAUUUGAUACUUCACUUGUAGCUUUGUUAUUAAAAGAUGAACCCUAUUGAUUUUAGGGUCUAAAUGUUCAGGUCACUACGGAACUUCAUAGAAAAAGCUUAUUGCAAGGGGAUAAACACUUGUGGAGCUUUUGUUUAUAACACUUUGGUUUAUCAAGUUUAUAGAUCACAUGUAUUUAUCAAGAAAAGGAGAAUAGUGAAUUUUGCAUAUAUAAUAAAACUUACAUUUUGAAAUUCACAUUGAUUUUUUGAAAAUAUAUAUUUACAAAAUAAAUCAACUCUUUCUCUUUCUUUAUAAUUACACAGUUUCAGUGCUAUGAAUUACUUUAUAAUUACACAGUUUCAGUGCUAUGAAUUACUUUAUAAUUACACAGUUUCAGUGCUAUGAAUUACUUUAUAAUUACACAGUUUCAGUGCUAUGAAUUACUUUAUAAUUACACAGUUUCAGUGCUAUGAAUUACUUUAUAAUUACAGUUUCAGUGCUAUGAAUUACUUUAUAAUUACACAGUUUCAGUGCUAUGAAUUACUUUAUAAUUACAGUUUCAGUGCUAUGUAUCACUGAUUAAAGGGGCACUUAUUUAUCUGUAAUUUUGUCACAAAAAAUUGAAUUUAAAUGAAAAUUGCUCUAUAUAAUAUAUUUUAGUAAUAACACCAGUAUUUAAUUAUUUCAAACCUUUUAUAACCUCAAAAUGGGCACAUGAAUAUGUGAUUUUGGUGAUUAUUGAUUGACUGUUUUUAUAUACAUUCCGUCGAGAAUUUUUCAGACGUCACCAGCUGUAGGUGAAGUACCACAAAUUUAUACCAAUGCUUAGCACUCAGGGCCAUAGCAGUGAGGGUUCUUUAUUGUGCCAACGCCCUCUGCGACACGGGACCUCCGUUUAUAAGGUCUUAUCUGAAAGACCCGUGAUUUUCACUUCCAAAUGCCAAGCGUUUUGCAAAGGAGCAAUCACUACCUUUAACGUCUUAGAUGAGGGUAUUAACUACAAUACAGAUGAAGAUGCCUUGAUAUGGAGACAUUAAUGGACACAAAUCUUUUUCAAGAUAUUUGUACCACAACAUCGAGAUGUGGAUCCUUUUGUGACAGAUGUUGGAUGCAACAUUAAAAUAUUGAUGAAAGUACAUGUGCAUGUACCUGAUUUUGAUUCAACAAGAGUACUUCCUGUUCAAGAGGAUUGUAGAAAUUUCAUCACAAUGGAAAAGUUGUGAAUUAUUCAUGCAAACAGUUAUAAUGGGAUUUCUUCCUUCCACAGGAAACAGACCACUGCUACAGAUGGUUUAUUGAGAAAUACUGCUGAUUAAGUCCCAACUAUUAACAGAAUACUUCUCCGUGCAAUUUUCUUUGAGGACUCUUAGGGAUUGUCAACACUGAAGAAUUGAUAAUGGCCUCACUGCAUGCACUAUAUAUACUUUCACAGAAGUAGUGGAUGAAAGCCGACUGUGUUGACAGGUGAUAUCUGUACAACGACAUGGGGGAGAUUUUUUAGCAUGAUAUCUAAACGGAGCAUGCAAAUGAAGAAUUCCAAGAAGUGUGUGUCGAUUCUGCUGUGCAUUGGCACUUUAAUUGUGUUCUACAGAGUGUUCCAAUGCAGUCGUUCACCCAAGAUGUACAUGGUUCCCAGGGAGUCAGUGAAGUAUAUCUAUGAUGAAAAGAGCAAGGCCAUACCCUAUGAUCAAAACUCCCCACUCAUCUUCAUUGGGGGCAUGCCACGCAGUGGUACCACAUUGAUGAGGGUCAUGAUGGAUGCUCACCCGGAGGUGAGAUGUGGGGAGGAGACCCGUGUGAUUCCUCGAAUUCUGGGAAUGAGGAACCACUGGCAGAAAUCCGAUAUAGAGAGGAAGAGACUUGUAGAAGCAGGAAUCAAUGAUGGUGUCAUAGACUCUGCCGUGUCUGCUUUCAUUCUGGAAAUCAUUGCCAAACAUGGUGAUGCAGCUCCUAGACUUUGCAACAAAGAUCCUUUUACCUUGAAAUCCAGUCUGUAUCUAAGUAAAUUAUUUCCCAACUCAAAAUUCAUUCUUAUGGUCAGGGAUGGUAGGGCUGUAAUUCAUUCUGUAAUCUCAAGAAAAGUGACCAUCUCGGGCUUUGACCUCAAAAGUCCAAAAAUGUGUUUAGAGAAGUGGAACACUGCCAUGGAAGUGAUGUACUCUCAGUGUUUAAGGGUAGGUCCUGUACGGUGUAUGCCAGUGUACUAUGAGCAGCUUGCCUUACAUCCAGACCUCUGGAUGCACAGAAUUCUAGACUUUUUAGACUUGCCAUGGAACAGUUCUGUGCUUCAUCAUGAAGAUUACAUAGGAAAGCCAGGCGGAGCGUCUGUAUCCAAAACAGAAAAAUCAACAGACCAAGUGAUAAAGCCAAUCAAUAUAGAGGCACUGAGCAAGUGGGUGGGAUUUUACUCGGAUGACAUUCUAGAAAACAUGGCCAAAAUUGCACCUAUGCUACAGACUUUGGGGUACGACCCAGCCAAGAGUCCACCAGACUAUGGCAAACCAGAUCCAAAAGUUGCAGACAAUACCAUGCACAUAAAACAAAACAUGGAAUACUGGCGAAAAAAGGAACAGGAAAUUCUAGUCAAAGAAAAAGUCUCUGGUCGUUCUCCCUCUCACUGAUACAGCAGAGCCAGUAAAAAUAGGAACAGUCCGUCAUCAAAUCAUGAAAAUGUAUUAAAAGAUUCUCCUCUGUAAUUGGGUGUUGAUUUUAAUGUUUAACAGAGUACAAAAUGCUAUUAUGACACACAGACCUUUAUUGAUUAGUACAUGUAUGUAGUAUAACAUUUGUCUAUUAGUCAUUUCAUUUUUGUUAGCAAAGAAUUUCUGAUAUUCUGCUCACCAACUCUUGGCUUGACUAGUUAAUGGCCAGAAUUUUAAAGUGUAUUAUAUCACUGUCGAUAGAUGUAUGAGAUAGAAUAAAGUAUCAACACUGAACCUUUAGCUGGCUGGAGUGUAUAGGAGUGGGUAUCACUUUUAAUGCUAUAUUUUCGUAGUUUGAUCGUUGUUGGAAAUAGAUGUGUAAAAACAUCCUAAAUAUAGAUGGAGUGGACAAGUGAUAGAGAUGGAAUCAAAUCUUAUCUCUAGGGGAAAAUUCCAACUUUUAAUAACAGGAUAGGCCUAGGAUUUGUGAGUAGAGUAUCAGAUCAGAAACCCUUGACUAGGGAAGUUGUGAUCAAAGCAUUACCAAGUUGUCUUUCACAGUAAAACAGUUUGGAAAUUGAUUAUACUAUACAAUUUGGACCUUCAUUGCAUUUUUUAAUGCAAGAUCAUUUGUUUAGUUUAUUUUUUUUUUAAGAGCAAAUACUUUUAGGAAAUAGUUAGGAUCAUAAGAAAUAAGGAAAAUCAAAGCUGUGUUGAAGUUGAUAAUUUGUAUUUUUAUUCAUAUUUGUUUCCCUUUUUCAUUUAUUUGGUAUUUUACAUAUUUGAAUUCUGGAUAUACAUCUAAGAUGCUUUUUCAUUAAUUGAUUUAAAACUUAUGAUAUUAAUUGUGACCAAAAUUUAACCAUAUGGAUAAAAUAGUUACCUCAUUACACACUGUAUGUGUGAUUGUGCUAAUGCUUGGACAGUUUAAUGUGUUUAAUAUGAUACUGCCUCAGUCUGUAUAUGGACUAAAUCAUGUGCACUUAAAUGUGUUGAUUUCAGUGUUGUAAGCAUCUUCGCAAGCCAAGUUUUCAAUUUGCAUACUCUUUGUUGAGAGAAAGCCAGUCGGACACUUGGAUUUUGAAGAUGUGUUUUAGAGUUCUGAUUACAGUGUUGGGGUUCUUGGUUAUUUUAUUAUAUCUCCACCAUUUUCUGGUCUCCUGAGUCACUUGGGUGAUCUAGUGUGAUUGGUGCUUGUCUGCCGUGUCAGUCAUGUGUGAACAUAUUAUCAACUUCCCUGAAAGUACAUGACCAUUUUUCAUCGAAUUUUGUGUAGACAUCUAUGGGGAAAGGAGAGCAAAAAUUGUAAAUUUCAUGGUCACUGAUCCUCAAGGGCCUAGGGGAUAUGGUUAAAACAUUAAAAAGUUAUGCAAUAUCUUUAAAAAUCCUUUUUGUCACAUAGGGACAGCAGACAAACUGUGUUUAUAGUCAUAAUAAGCAAAUAUACCUCUAUCAAAAUGAAAAAACCCAGGGGUCAAAACCUUAGAAAUUUUGCAAUCUGUAAAUUGUCUUCUCUACUCAGGAACAUCUAGCAGACAAUCUGAAUGUAAUUAUGAUGAAUAUUGAAUUCUCUACCUAAAAUUUAUAGCCUCUGUAUCAGGGGUUAUCAGGAUGAUAUAGUGGCAAUGCAAUAAUUAUCUUCUUAAACCUUACACACUUGAAAAACUAUUUGCAUGGUUAUGAAGUUGUCUACCAACUUUGUAAAUUUCAUGGCUCCUGGUUUCAGGGUUCAGGGUGGGACCAUAAGGAUCAUGUGCACAGUGAAAAUAUACUGACACACAAAAUAAAUGCAAACCCAAUUAAACAUCAGUAAUUUUUUAUUGUAAUAAUUUAGUGUUAGCAAUUUUGAAUUGAAGGGUACUUUCCUCUGAUAAGUCAAGAUUCACACUUUACAAUCUCCUCCCAAUAGAGUAUAUAGAGACAUGUUGGAUUCGCCCAAAUCCACUGCUUUGCAUGAAGCACUUAGUGGCAGAACAUCCUUAUGGCACAAAUAAACCGUGUAACAAACUCUAUGGGUUGCAGAAUUUGAGCGGCAGGAAAUGCCAACAGGACUUGUUCGUUAUUAAAAUAGGAAUUUUUCAAUGGCUACUACCUUUUAAUCUUGACAUGUUUUGCCAAAGUGAUGAUGGCUAAUUCUAAAUUCACUGUGUUAUCCAAUAGAAUAGAUGUGUAUCUUCUAUUAGUUGUAAAAAUAUUACCAAAUGCAAUAAAACAUGCUUAUAAUGAAUCCAUGCUUAUUGUGAAGUGAUAUCUAUAUGUAACAAAGUUUGGAUAUAACGAACUGUUUAUCACUGACCCUGGAGGUUCAUAUAAUCAUGUUUUACUGUAUUGGAGGUUGCAUUUCUUUUGGGUGUCAAUAUACCCAUUAUAUGUUUAAAAAAUGUCAAUUACUGAACAUCAAGGAAACAAGCUAGGUACAUAGUUCUAUUAAAAUUGGGAAAUUUUUUACCCCUGGGUCAAUGGUUCAGACUGCGAGGUGGGGAUAUAAGGAUCAUAUAGUGAAAAUAUGGCAGUCUUCUUUACUCCUGAAUGUCAAGAAUGGAGUGUGUUGUAAUAUGUGGAUGGAGACCUCUACCAAAGUUGUGAUAACCCCUGGGUUAGAGGCUCUGGCCCCAGAGAGGGAAUCUGAACUGAAAAUGCAUUGGAUCAAUAGAAAUACUAUUUAUUCUGCAAUAUCUAGCUCAUACUUUGCAGGAAGGUUGCUCAUAACAGGAUGGUGUGUCAUGAUCCAGAAUCAUGACUGAGGACACAUAAAUAUAUACAUGUAUUAGUAAUUGAGUAAUAUUAUCAGCUCAGAUUCGACACAAAGAUUGAUUGUGACCAGAAUUGAAGAAUUUAUGUCCUUUUUAUCCAUGUUCUAACUUUUGUUCUACUCUAUAAUGCUCGGGUGACCGUUAAGUCCCAUUGGCCUCUUGUUUUGUUGUGAUAAUCGGGUAGCUUAAAGUCAUUUGAUACAGUAAAACAGGGUUAUGGAGAUAAAACAAAUCCCAGAGUCAAUACUGCUUCAUUUUACAACAUUUUGUAUAUUUUAGUUUACUUUCAUGUUCAGAUUAACGAUGUCUGUUGUAAAUGUAUUUCGCUGUAGUUGUAUCAUAUUUUGAAAAGUCAGCUGGAAUCUCAAAAAACAUGCAUUAGAAUUACCAAUACAUUUGAACCAAAGAUCAUGAUUAAUUUGAUCAAUCUUAUAGAUUAUACAAUGUAUUAAUGCAAUUCAAGAACCUUUGAUUUUAAAAGACCACUAGAAUUGACAAGAUUACUGAAAUGACUAAUUUUGAAUUGCACAGGUACAAUAUAUCUAAUUAUAAUUCAGUCAGGGCUAUUGCAUGUUCGUAUAUCCUUCAGGGUUUACUGUUGUAUGAUUUUGACCUUCCAUAAAUCCAUGUUGGAUUGUAAAUCAUUUCCACAAAUGAACUUCAGGCAGGAAAUAAUGCUGUUGAUGACAAGGCUAAGCAAUGAAAAAAACUUGUAUAUGAAUAAAAGAUAACUGUCUGAACUGAUCUCUGAUGACAAUCAGGUUUAUCCCAGUGAACACUGGAAGCCAUUAACAAUUGCUUUAAAUGGUCAUGAGUUACUUUGGUCUCUUUUGGCUUCAACUUUAUUUACCUUGCAUAUCAUAUAUACAAUAAUUAGAUCAAUAUAUCAUUCAUGUUUCUUAUUCACUUAGAUAGGUCAUGUGCUUUUAAUUUGUGAAUUUUAUAUAUGCGUAGUUCAGUUAUCAUUUAGGUUCUUUUCCACAGUUGCUUGUUAAAUUCGUGUUUGAUUCAUUGAGUGGCAUUGAUGCACUAGCUAGACUAGGAAGUUUUUUGUUAUGGUUUUGUAUGAAGAUGAUAGUCCAGGGUGUUCUAGUCAUUAUUUACAACUCUUAGAAAUAGGUGCUAUAUUGAAAGUAGUCGCUGGAUGUGAUCUGUUAGACAAUCAGAAGAAAGUGGACCAGCCAUUAUGUAUCAACAAGGAAUAUUUGAUCGGGAAUAAAGUUUUGGUGCAAUAUUGUAGAAUGGUUUGUUUUAGUGCAGUCAAAUUUUGAUGAGUUAGGAAAUACGUAAGCAGUGUUUAGGGUCUUGAGUUAUUGAUGUGAAGUUCACUUUGUCUGCUCUUUGAGAAUUUGAAUUCAUACAUAUGAAUGUUUCAUAUAAACAUGGAAAUUAGGCCAGUAAGAAAAUGAACGGUUUCAAUAUGGACAUUAUCCAUGGACAAUGAAGAGGCAGAAAGUGUUGGUUGUCUCUUCAGAUACUCUUCACAUUAAUGACAUUCAUAAAUAUAACCUAAAGGUCAUGAAUUUUAAUAAAAUUAAUUUUUCAAUUGCAAGUACAUGUACAUCCCUUGGAAACAGUAAAGAGAAUGAUGUCACAAUUAUUUUUUUGUUACAUUGCUUGAGGAUUUAUAUACAUCGAGAAGUUGAGUUUGUAUUAGACUUGACAGUAGUAUGUGUUAAUACAAUGUACAAAGAGAUUAGUCCCAUCUAUACCCUAGGAAAUUGCCAAACAUUUCAAUGAUGUAAGUUGUAUUAUCCUUUUUGAUGAGUUGACCGAUUGAUUUUUAUUAGUAGGAAUUUUUACAUGCAAUAUGUACAUGAUGCUGUGUAAUAGGACAUUUGUCACUAUCCAUCCCUGUUAUUUUAUAUGUACAUGAUGCUGUGUAAUAGGACAUUUGUCACUAUCCAUCCCUGUUAUUUUUAUACGAUGCUUUACACACACACAUCUUUCUAAAUUCACCUUCAUCGUAUGGCUUUAAUCACAUUGUUUUCUUCAUUUUAAUUUCACACACACACUCAAAAAAAUUCAGUGUGAAAAUUUCACAAUACAUUAACAUGCAGUUAAUAUGUAGAAUUAAGAAUGAAAGCAGUUCUUACCAGAGAUUCUAAAAACAUAUUUGACCACCUGAAUGCCCUUCUGUAAGAAUUAUGUUGAGUGUAUGAUAAAGUAUGAUUAUGGUAAAUAUCUUGCCACCCGUAUCUUGAGAUUAUUAUUCACUGUAGAAUAAUGUUUAUAUGUUGUCUACACAGUAUUCAACACAACAAAACUAAGGAAUCUAAUGAGUUAUAUGUCAAAGAAAGCAAUGAAUAUACCAAAGGUCCUCUGUCUAAUUUACUAUGUUUUUCUCUAAGUUUUAUUUGUAUUCUGUAUACAUGUGUAUUGGGUACUGAAGCUCGCAUGGGGUUAUAUAUAUAAUCACAAAUCCAUUUAUGAAUGUUUCCAUUGUUUUUAUAUCAUGUAAUACAAUAAAUAGAACAGACAUUUAUGCACAUGGAAUCUAAGAUCCUGUACCCCCCUCCCAAAUAAUUUCCAUUAUUAUUACAUGGAAUGUUAAUUAUUUUCACAUUUCUACAAUUUGCUUGUCAUGAAUUAAGAAUUUGAAAUCUAAACAGUUGUGAAACCUACUUUUCCACCACCACUCCCUCCUUUCCCCAACUUUUAUAACCAUAGCUACAAGCCUGGACUCAAUUUGUUUUAGUAUGGAUUGACACUUGUCUAAACUGAAGACAUGCAUAGAAGUACCUGUGCCUGAAAUAUGGAGUAUUCUUAUGCAUUUCUUUACAUGUUCAGGCUGUAUGUGUACACUACGCUUCUCUGUGGGCCCAAAUUAGUUGAAUAAAGUAUUCUAUUCUAUGUUUAUGUAAUUCAUGAAAUUGUAUUUAAAAAAUAUUUUGCAGUUAAGUUUGGUGUAGAAAUAUACCGAGUUAUAUGCAUGUACUCCGGUCAUUAUUAAUCUGUGUUACACAGUGCCAAUUCUUUAUAGUUGAACAUUUUAAAAUGUCUUUGUGAUUGUGCUUGAUACACUAUGAACAAAACUUUCUUCAUUUUCAUACAAUACAUUUUUGUAAUGAGGAAUCCUUGUCAAACACCGAUAUCUAAAGUUUCAAACCUGGUUAACCACCUGACAUGUGUUUUAUUGUAUAUUUACAAUCAAGUUUGAAGUGACCACUUCACUUUUUAUUAUUUUCCUUCAGAAUGUAUAAAAUCUUGACAAGUUAUACAUAUUUGUUUCACAUUUCCAGCUCUUGUUUUACUUACCAAAUGCUAUAUUUUCACUUCGCUUGCCUUUUUAUUGAGCUGUUAUGUUUCACCUGUAGAGUUUGACAGGCAGCGAUCACUUUAUUACAAUGUUUCUUCAUCUCUCUGGUUGCAAUGACAUUUUAUGAUAAAAUGCUUGUAAGUUACAUGUGUUACUAUAGAUUAUAAUGUUGAUAGAGUGAAGACAGUUUAUCAGAUCCAAUAAACCAUCUGAAAUAAUGGUGCACAUGACUUGCUAUGAUGUGAUUUAACAAAAUAUGUUUAUGAAACAUUAUGCCCUCAUCUGUGGCCAUGCAACUCAAAUUGUAGUAAAAUUUGACCUUGAAUGUGACAAUAUACCUAUCAUGCCCUUCAUAUAGCUUUCAAUUCAUGGAGUGUGAAGUCUAAAUGUUUGACAAGUGAUGACUAGUGUUAAAGUCAUUGAUAGAUCAACAGACAGACCAAAAAAUAUGUACCCCAUUCAUCAAUCUCAAUAGAAAUAUAGAUUAUAAAAUUAUAUAUAAUGCUACAACAUUGUAUAUUGGUCCCAAUUCGGGACAUCGUUUUUAUAUACAUGUAUACACUUAUCAGAUAUUAAUAUCACAAUUAAACUUUUUGAAUAUUAAGAGCUAAACAAAACAAUACAAUAUACAUGUAAUGAAUUACGAUGUUGAAUAUUUACUGCAGCUUUUACAGAAUGAUAAUGAAUUCAUAAUGAGAUUGGGAUGGAGGUUUUUUCCACGCUUUGCUAGGCUAUACUUUUAAUGUAGUUCCACCCUCCUUUGAUGUCAUGAUUUUUGCAAAAUCAAUGGUAUUAUUUUUUUUAUUUUAAGAUUUAUGCAUGAUAGGAACAUAAAUUUUGUUUUAGUCUUUUCUGAUGGUUAUUGUAAAAAAAAAAAAAAAUGCUAGCAUAAGAUGAUGUGUUUCAAAAUAUUUAAUCCAAGGACAAUAACUCAGUUUUCAUUGAAUUCUUUAUUAAGUCCAUAAUGUGAUAGGUUUUCUUUAUUUUUCAUUAAAAAAAAAAUUAUGCUUUUCUAAAGAAACAGUUUUAUGAAUUUAUUAUGAAUACUAUUAUACUGCUAUAAACAGGUUUUUUUUAUUUUUUGAUAGUGCUGUUUAAGGCUGAUGUUGAUACAUGAUUUUCUUUAUGGAUGUCUCACAUCUUAAGUCUGAUGACCUAUAUAUCUGAUUUGAUAGCUUAUUAGUUUUAACUCUAAUAAAUUGAAAUAAAUAUACUUUCUAUACUUUUAUCGGAUAAUAAUGCGAGUUUGGAGUUACCUUAAAUCAUAUACCUACUAGGUAUUCUGAGUGGUUUGUUUGGCAUCUACAAUGUAGUUGAUUUUUUAUUUCAGAAAAACUAAGAUAUUAUUGAAGAUUUUGUAUCUUGGUGACUGUUUACAUUAUUUUCAAUAUGGUGAAACUGUGGUUUAUAUUAUACAAUGUGAAGGAUGUGAUGUCAAUAAAUGUGUAAACCUUU